CACCAACAUGAAGUGCUAUAAAAGUGAAAUCCGCUCUGCUCCUGGUUCCAACACACACUCCCAUACUUUUCUACUACUGUCAUAACAAUGAACGCGUCUGUUCUCAUUGUCGGUGCUGGACCUUCAGGUCUUUCCUUGGCUCUCGCUUUGCGCCAGAACGGAAUCUCUGUUCGAGUCAUAGACAAAGUGUCUACAUAUCAGGUCGACCAGAGAGGCGCUGGUAUUCAGCCCAGGAUCCUUGAAUUACUCAAGUUCCUUGGUGUCCUGCCCGAUAUUCUGAAGAAAGGCGGAUUCGCUCCGCUCAUGAUCCAUUAUCUUCCCGGGGGUGGAACGAAAACCGCCGAGGUGAUAGCCCGCAUGGAGAACACCCCUGACCGACCUUACAUUAAUCCUAUCAUGAUAGGCCAAGACGAUGUCGAGGUCGAGUUGGGCACUGAGCUCGUGUCUUUCGAACAAUUCCCUAGUCGAGUGGUUUCUCGUGUUGUCAAGACUCGUGAUGGACAACGGUUCGACGAAACCAUUGAGAGUCAAUGGAUCAUCGGCACGGAGGGUGCACAUAGCGUCGUCCGUAAAACGCUUGGUUUGACAUUCCUUGGCAAGACGAGGCAGGGAGAUCAUUUAGUCGUGGGUGAUAUCCAUAUCAAGAAGCCGUUGUUGGAUAGAGAUCUAUGGCAUCUAUGGGGUGAAGCGGCAACAAAGAGCGUGACUCUCCGAGGCUUUGAGACCAAAGACACUGACAAAUACAAUAUCUUCUGUAUGGGACGCGAUUUAGAUGCCAAUCAAAUGGCGUCUAGUCGAGAGGAAUUUGUCAAAGCCUUUUAUGAAAUAACAGGACGCACCGAUAUUGAGUUUGGUGAUGUCAUCUGGCUUUCGAACUUCCAACCCAAUGUUCGUAUGGUGAAUAGCUAUGGUUUCGGACAGGCUUUUGUUGCAGGCGAUUCCGCCCACGUUCACAGCCCUACUGGUGGUCAGGGACUCAACUCGGGUAUCCAAGACGCCGUCAACUUAGCUUGGAAGCUCGCUCUUAUUCAAAAGGGCUUAGCUCCCCAGAGUCUCCUCGAUAGUUAUUCCCAAGAGCGCAUUCCCGUCAUCGCGGCAAUGCUUGACAAGACUUCUGAGCUCCUUACCAAGACUUUCACCCCUGGAAGCGUCGGACAGACACUCACGGGCUGGAACAGACCCUACGAGUUCCGUCAGCUGGGCGUCAACUACCGCGCCAGUCCCAUUAUCGUCGAUGAAACCCCGGUAAAGGGGGAAGAGACCAUCGAUCCGUAUCGUUCAGGUAACGACGGCACUGUCCGAAGCGGUGACAGAGCCCCCGAUGCCCCCGGCCUCAUUUUCGUCGAUGACCCCAUGCGCAAGACGAGUCUCUUCGAUAUCUUUGGCUCGUCAUACCAUACAGUGCUCGUCUUCUCAGACGACGACACUGGAGUUUUGGAUGCUCUGAAGAGUUACCCUGCCGGUAUCGUCAAGACCGUGGUCAUUCUUUCUCAGAAGCCAACGGGUGUUAUUUCUGCUGACUACUUACUGGUGGAUGGUGAUGGAUAUGCGUACAAGCAUUAUAAUAUGGCGGAGAAACACACCAAGGUUGUUGUUGUGCGGCCCGAUGGGAUGAUUGGUGGGCUCGUAGGUGGGAAGGAUGGGUUGAAGCAGUACUUCAGCGGUAUCCUUCUAUAA